AUGAAGCCAUUAAGUGUAGCUACGAUGGCGGUUUUGGCUGGUUUUCCGCGCCUAGUGCCAGCCCCGUGGUUUGACCCUUUAAUAGAAUGUCCGAGUGGAUCAAGGUAUUUUCAUCAAGAUCUUCUAGCAACGGCAAUAGACGCGAAGCCCGAAAAUAUCGAACCCGAUCACCCCUCGAUAGCCUAUGGCAACAUCUUGGGGGCAUAUCGAUUCCGAAAGAAGAUACUGGAUGGCACCUUGAUGGAGUAUUUGCUCCAAUAUAUAGAUGUUUUACCAACCGUACGAUUAUAUGAACAACAUGGAGAAGAUUGGAAGCUAUGUUUUUUAUCGGCAAGGGAGGGUUAG